ACAGAGAGGAGAGAGGCAGUCCUGACUAUACACCAGCUACCAAAUGCACCAUCACAUAGCCAGAGGCAGCCUCCAUGGCACUGGAGAGGCAGGGCAUGGGCAUAGCGAAUUCAUGAAUGCCAUUUCUCACUGGCUUCUGCACGUCAUCAGUUUAGAUGGUUUCAACAAAAUCAAAAGAAGCGUAAUCACAAUGGCUCAGGUUGAGAAUUUUAGAGCCAUACCACUUUCACUAUCUGGAAAUACCUUUUUCAACAAACAGAAAAACUCAUUGCUAACACUUGGGCUCAGCCAUUUUAUUCAAUAUUGACUUUAUUACUUGAUUAUCCAGAACCCGGCUGGCUGCUUAUUCAAACUUUUUGCUUCUCUCUUUGACUACCUGCCCCUAAAUUUCUAGAGUUUACCAUUAGCUGGAUGCAAUUUUUUCUUUAUAAGAAGUUCUAAGAGUUUGACACUGUUAUUUUUAAAAUUCUAAUUUGACAGAAGAUACAACUAACUCAAAAAAUUGGGCAGGUUGAGGUUUAGUGGAAUCAGAAGCUUUUGAAAGAUUUCUAUCAGGCAUGAGAGGGCUGUCGUAGGACCAAUUCAUAGAUUUGAGGCUCUAAUUCACAUUGGUCUUUGGAAAAGUCUGCAUUAUGAUGACUGGGGGGCCCAUUUUGGAGCUGUAGAAGCAUCAGGUUCAGAAUCACCAUGGAGAAGUCUGUGAUCCAUCAGGGAUCAAUCAAGUUCAAGCUGAGUAACAAAAAAUUAGAUCUAGAGAUUGAAGCAAGCAGAGCUGGGUAUAUUUGAGGCUGAAAGGAUUGGGGGGAAUAUAUAUAUACAAUAUAAAUUGUGUAUAUUUCAUAUACGGGCUUUUAACUAAAGGGGUAAAAUGAACCCUCUCGCCAGGUGGUGUGGUCCUUCCAGGGAAACAUUUGAUGAACUAAACGGCUAUGAGGCCAGAACAUACCAUAGCCCCAGAAUCUAUUCAUCAAGCAGUGAUUAAUAUCUUGAAAGCAAGAACUGUGUUUUCAUCUUUGAGUCCUCAGAGACUGAUACAGUGGCCUGAAGGUGAAUGAUAAACGUUAGAUCAAUAAAUUAAAAGGUUUCCAACUAAAGAAUGGCAACAAUUUCCAGGGUAGGUCUGUUCCCAGGCAAAGCUAUAAACUAUGUGACAGUUUAGGGCACUCACCCACUUGUUUUCCUGCAUCCUCUCUCCCUGACCUUCCUUGAUAGUUAUCUUCCUAAGCAUUCCCUGGAGAUAUACACCUAUACUCCAUUUUUACAUGCAAAUAGUAGUUUACUAAUAUAAGCAGGCCUGGCUUGGCAGGACAAAAUUUUGCCUGGGAAUGGGGAAUAAUGUAUGGACAGCAACAACAAUCUACACUUGAAAGGAAGGCGUGAGAAAUUUCACAAGCAAAUAAAUAGAAGUAUCUAAGCGUCACCUCUUUUGUGCAUGCAUGGUGCCCACCCCUUUCUACACGGUCUCUCUGCCACCUACCAGUAGUCUGGCUGCCUGAAUCCUCCAAAAUCACCACUUCUCCAUCGCAUCGAAAGCCUCAGAUAUCAGCAAGUCCUGGGAAUAGCCCUGACAAUUGACCUGGAAUGAUGCUAUUUGUCUCAGUUAUCUACAAACCACCCCAAAACAGUGGCAUAAAACAACCACUAUUUAUUAUCUCUGUUGGUUGACUGCCCUCAUCUGGCAGUUCUGCUGUAUGCUUGGCUGCACUCGGCUAGUGGCUGGGUUGAAUUGGAAGUUCCAAGAGGGCUUCACUCACUUGUCUGGUGCCUCAGUGCUCCUCUACAAGGCCUUCCCUCAGUGCUCCUCUACAAGGCUAGUUUGGGCUUCCUCACACCACAGUGGUGUCAGGGGAGUCAGACUUCUUCCCUAGUGAUUGGCUUCAGGGUAGAAAGUGGAAAUUGUCAGGUCUCUUGAAGGCUAGGCCAGAAAUUGACACGCAUAACUUCUAUUGCAUUCUAUUGGUCAAAGCAAGUCACAAGUCAGCGCAGAUUCAAAAAAAAGGGGGUGGGAAAAUAGCAAAAGGGAGGGAAGGACUCAGUGGAAGCCAUCUUUGGAGACUAUGUGUUAUUGUUGUUUUGUGUCGUGGAGUCCAUUCUGACUCAUAGCGACCCUAUAGGACAGAGUAGAACUCUCACCAUGGGAGCAGAUCACGCUAGGUCUUGUCUUCUGCAGAGCCGCUGGUGGGUUCCAACUGCUGACUUUUCAGUUAACAGAAAAGCGUUUAACCACUGCACCACCAGGGCUCCUUGGAGACUUUACCACAGCACAUUUCAGUGUCUGCAGAGAAGUGUAAUUUACCUUUCCAUCCUCAGCAUUCAGUAAAUGCUGAUCAAUAUUGGAUGGACGGAUGGAUGAAUGAAUAGAAUUAUCUGGGGAUCAAUAUCUACCAAUCACUGAAAGAGUCAAUCUUUUUUUUAUUUUUUAGUGGGAAAGCAUAUAGGACCCAAAAGGAUUUGAAAGUUCUGCAGCUGUUAAGCCUUCCGCCCAGAUGUCUCAACUGGCUACAAAUCUACAUAAUUCACAGUUUUCCCUCUUCCUUCAUUUUCUGCCCUCCACAAUAUUUGCCAUAAAGAAAAUUGAUUACUGGGAAAGCGCCCCGCCGGGCUGGAGCCACAUAAAAUUAGGCUGCUGGAGGCGGCAUGAGACGGCGGGGCGUCACCCCUUUUGCUGACCCUAGUAAUAAUGGCUGUGUUUCACGACGAGGUGGAGAUCGAGGACUUCCAAUAUGAUGACUCAGACUCGUAUUUCUACCCCCGCCCGUGUGGAGAUAACUUCUGUAUCACUAAGGAGGAUUUGGAGAAUGGGGAAGAUGUAGCAACGUGUCCUAGCUGCUCUCUCAUUAUAAAAGUGAUUUAUGACAAAGAUCAGUUUAUGUGUGGAGGAACAGUCCCAGCCCCUUCCACCAACAAAGAAUUAAAUGCUGAAGAAUGCCUUAGGAAUCCAAAUCUUGAACAGCUGGGAACGAGCGAAGUUGGAAAAAUCAAAUGCAAAGUUACAAUCCUCUUCGCCGGGGACAACAGUUUUGUUGCUUGCUGUGCCAUUAGCCUGUGGGUUCUUUCCUUGGACAGCCACAUUCAUCUUCCAUUAAAGAAGUUAGCCACGACAUGACAUGACAUGACAUGACCUGACCUGACCUGACAUGACAUGACAUGCCUAAUUUUCACACAACUUUGAAUUGCAAAUGUUCUUAGUUUUCUACCUGAGUUUUAAAGGAAGGUGAUUUCAAGCCAGUGUUUUCUUUCCCUCGGUUUUGUCCGAUCUUAAACCUAAUUACUUCAAGAUCUGAUAACAGCAUCAUCUACCUCAAAGUCAGUGGUAUUCCUUAAAAAAAAAAAAGGGAUUGUACUUUUAGCUUGGUAAUGAAGAUUAUUAAAAUCAGCCCUUCCUUUGAAAUUUGACAUCACCUUUCCUGUUUUAAACUUCAGAAUAUUGCUUCCUUGUCAGGACUGUACUUCUAGUGACUGCACCAAGUUAGCCUCCUCAGUCUCGUCAUUAUUAAAAUGUCCACGCUCUGGUAAGCAUGGCUGUAGCGCCUGUUACACGUCACGUGUACAGGGCUGGGCGUGCUAUGAAAAAGAAAACAGAGUGAGCUCAUGAUUUCUCCAGAGCUCAGAGUUAGUUGAAUAAGAAAGAAAAAUCAAAAAGUGAAAUGAUCAAAGAAUAUUUAGUUUUCUUGUUGAUAUUCAGUACGUUCCUUUAAAAUCAGGACAAGAUAAAAAGACAAAAGAGCCAAAGGAAGAAUGAGGAGCAAAACAUGCCAACUUAGGAAGUGAAAUGUUUGAGUGAUUCUGCCAGAUCAGGGCAAGUAAUAUUUCUACGGCUGGAUUUUUGUUUGCUUGUUUUUAAAAAAAAGGCUAAUGAAACUGCACUCCAGCUGGGGGUUAAUAUCAAGUCUUUAGGGCUGGCGGCAAUGCUUUCAGCAUUAUUACAAUAUCAGGUCACUCCUGAAAGGUGAAGCUCCUGUAAUAACUCUUUCACUUCCUUAAGAUGAGCCUGAAAACAGGAGGCCUUUUCUAAGUAAAUAAGACCAUGGAGGGCACAGCUAGUGGACCUAUAACCUGCAACCAAACCAGACAUAAACUCUUACAGAGAAAUACUGCCCUGGAGAAAAAUACAUAAAGAUAAGCCACCAGGCUUCCUUUGCUGCAGUGCUGAGAGCAGCAAAAAUUAGAGUCACAUAAGGAAAUCUAAAACUUCCCUUUAUAUAUACAACUUUCUUGUGUGUAUAAAAAGUGAAAAAAAAAAAAAAAAAACUAUUGUCUGGCAGGAUGUUUGGGGAAUGGCUCCUGCAACUAGAGAGAAAAAUGGCUUGCCAGAAUAUGAACAUCUUGUAACUGAUUGAUAAAUGUGCUGCACGCACUUACUGGGGUUUAUACUGAAACAAGUGAAUGGCCUUUUUUGUCUGCCAGCAGCAUGGCUAUGUUUAACCAUUAGUCUGAGACAGUAAAUCACCAGAAGUUGUAUGCUGGAAUGCUUGGGAUGACCAGAAACAUCGUAUGGCAUAUUCUUGAUGUGAUGAGAAAUCUCAUUGCUAGGUGAGACACUGACAGCCAGAAGUAAUCCACAACUGCUCUGCAGAAGCUGUUGGAGCCAGCGACAGCUCAAAUGAACAGCAGAAUACUACGCGAUGACUGACUGGAAUGAGCCAUGAGGAGAAAUGAAAUCAAAUGUUGAUGGCUUUGUAGCUAUCGAUAACACGUUGGCUCCUUCUGCUGAUGCUGAAUUCCAAACAAGAAGAGACGCCCUUAAUGUAGAUCUAUUCUGAGUAUAGAACAGGAAGAAAAGUUGGGCAAAUCCAAACAUCCCAGGAGAAAUGAAGCAUAAACAGCACUAGCAGUCAGUGUUCAGUGAUAACCCGCAACACUGGGAAUGAUUUUGUUUCCAAAGCAACCAGGUCUCUAAAUCUGUGAAGUGCAAAAGAACAUAUCAGGAUUCAAUCCUUUGUUAAGGAGAAAGUGAAACCAGGGUCUUUUCAGAUAUGAACUAGAAUUUUGUGUGAUAUUUGUGCCUUAUUUAACCCAACAUGUUUCUGGAGCACCUCAACUGAUUUGUAGUCCAGGCUCUGUCUCUUACUGGCUUUGUAGUCUUUGGCAAGGCUAGUGGAUCCCUCAUCUGUACAAUUAGGAGCCUGGAUUAACAUUGUCUCUAAGUUGUUAGUUCUAUAUCAUCAGGCUUGGUAGCUUGCAGGAACUGAAAUGGCAAUCAAAACCCUUAUAAACUCAAACUAUUUAGAUCAUGAUUUACUGUGAAGACACUCCAUUCUUCAAUAAGUUAAUGUUGCCACACUUUGGAGUUUGAAUAUAAAGUCAACUGGUUCUACAUAGACUUUGGCGUACACGCCCAGAACCAUUUCACUUGGAAAGCAUCCAACAUUUUUUGAUAGCUAUAAAUAUUAAUUUAUUACCAGGAUAAAUGUAUUGACAUGCUAUAUAAAGAUAAUUUAAAUCCAAAAAAAUAAGAAAGAAAAUUGAUUACUCUUCAUCUUUUUAUGUUGCAUUGAUUUUUCACACAUUCAGCAUUUCUCAAGCUGAAAGAACUAAAGAAAAAAUUCAAACCUCGAGUUGCAGGAUUCUAUGGGGAAAAUAUUAAAUGACGCAGGAAGCAUCAAAAGAAGAUGGAAGGAAUACGCAGAGUCAUCAUACCAUUCAACCAUUUCAAGAGGUACCAUAUCAUCAGGAACCGAUGGUACUGAAGGAAGAAGUCCAAGCUGCACUGAAGGCAUUAGCAAAAAAUAAGGUUCCAGGAAUUGACUGAAUAUUAAUUGAGAUGUUUCAACAAACAGACGCAGGGCUGGAAGUGCUCACUCGUCCAUGCUGAGAAAUUUGGAAGACAGCUACCUGGCCAGCCAGCUGGAAGAGACCCAUAUUUAUGCCUAUUCCCAAGAAAGGUGAUCCAACCAAAUGUGGAAAUUAUCAAGCAAUACCAUUAAUAUCACAUGCAAGCAAAAAUUUGCUGAAGAGCAUUCAAAAGCUGCUGCAGCAGUAUAUUGACAGGGAGCUGCCAGAAAUUCAGGCCAGAUUCAGAAGAGGGCAUGGAACUAGGGAUAUCAUUGCUGAUGUCAAAUGGAUCGUGGCUGAAAGCAGGGAAUACCAGAAGGAUGUUCACCUGUGUUUUAUUAACUAUGCAAAGGCAUUUGACUCUGUGGGUCAUAACAAAUUAUGGAUAACAUUUCAAGGAACGAGAAUUCCAGAAUACUUAACUGUGUUCAUGAGGAACCUUUACAUAGAUCAAGAGGCAGUUGUUCGGACAGAACAAGGGCAUACUGAUUGGUUUAAAGUCAGGAAAAGUGUGUGUCAGGGCUGUAUCCUUUCACCAUACCUAUUCAAUCUGUAUGCUGAGCAAAUAAUCCCAGAAGCUGGACUAUAUGAAGAAGAACGGGGCAUCAAGAUUGGAGGAAGACUCAUUAACAACCUGCGUUAUGCAGAUGACACAACCUUGCUUGCUGAAAGUGAAGAAGACUUGAAGCACUUACUGAUGAAGAUCAAAGACCACAGCCUUCAGUAUGGAUUAUACCUCAACAUAAAAUAAAAAUCCUCACAACUGGACUAAUAAGCCACAUCAUGAUAAAUGAAGAAAAGAUUGAAGUUGUCAGGGAUUUCAUUUUUCUUGGAUCCACAAUCAACACCCAUGGAAGCAGCAGUCCAGAAAUCAAAGGACGCAUUGCAUUGGGCAAAUCUACUGCAAAAGACCUCUUUAAAGUGUUGAAAAGCAAAGAUGUCACCUUGAAGACUAAGGUGUGCCUGACCCAAGCCAUGGUAUUUUCAAUUGCAUCAUAUGCAUGUGAAAGCUGGACAAUGAAUAAGGAAGACAGAAGAAUUGAUACCUUUGAAUUGUGGUGUUGGUGAAGAAUAUUGAAUAUACCAAAAGAAUAUAUUGCCAAAAGAAUGAACAAAUCUGUAUAGAAGAAGUACAACCAGAAUGCUCCUUAGAAGCAAGGAUGGCGAGAUUCCGUCUUACAUACUUUGGACAUGUUGUCAGGAGGGAUCAGUCCCUGGAGAAGGACAUCAUGCUUGGUAAAGUACAGGGUCAGUGGGAAAGAGGAAGACCCUCAACGAGAUGGAUUGACACAGUGGCUGCAACAAUGAGCUCGAGCAUAACAAUUUUAAGGAUGGCGCAAGACCAGGCAGUGUUUUGCUCUGUGGGACAUAUGGUCACUAUGAGUCGGACCUGACACAUCGGCACCUAACAACAAGAACACACCAGUAGUUAUACUCCCACUUGGGAAUGGGUUUCCUUUGUUAUGUUAAGAGGUCAUAUUAGUGUCGAGUGUGUUUUAAGCCAGUCACCUUUGAGAUAUUAAAAGGGUAGAUUAGGACAGAGAAGGAAGCAGACACAGGGGAAGAUAGAUGCCAAGCCACAUGAAGAUCAUCAAGGAGCCAAGGAAUAGAAGCUAAAGAGACAAGGACUACCCCCACAGAGCCAACAGAGACAAAGGCUUCCCCCAAGAGCUGGUGCCCUGAAUUCGGACUUCUAGCCUCCUAAAAGUGAUAAAAUAAAUUUCUGUUCGUUAAAGUCACCCGCUCGUGGUAUUUCUGUUACAGUAGCACUAGAUUACUAAGACACCAUAGUUUAUAAACUUGAGUUUACUUGUCUUCCCACUGAGCUUGUUCUCCUUAAAGGCAGGACCAGACUAAUUCAAAUUAGUAUCCCCAAUACCUCACAUGGCUUGAUACAUAUAAGGAAUUCAAUGUUUGAAUAUUUUUCCAGAAUGUAAAAAUAUGAGGUAAUUUGUAGCACUAAUUCCUGGGAAUUCCGGUUUACACUUUUCUCCUUUAAGUGCCUGUCUAUAAAUUCACCUAUUAUACAAGAUAUAAAACC